AUGAUGGAGCUCUUGGCGCUCUGUGGUGGCAUCUUCUCUGUGGCUGCCCUGUUCCACUGGUUCUUUCGCACCAAACUGGUUUUUUUGGGCCUGCUUCUGGCCUAUGGCUCGCUCUAUCAAGUGGGACAAACUUUUCUACACUUUCAGAUCCCUCAUCACGAAACUACAUCCUCUCUGAUGGAAGCAGUGGCACUCAGCACUGUUGGUGUCUACGUGGUCGAAAUAGGCCUACCAUUCCUCUUUUUUAUUCCUAGCAAGCGCGUCCGCCUGUCUGCAGGCCUAGCGCAAGCCGCCCUCAUGCUGUUCAUUUUUGUCACUGGCAACUACAAUUUUUUCAACAUCCUGACGGCGGUAUUGAGUAUACCCCUCUUUUAUGACACAGCGUCCAUUGCAGCCAUGCACAUCUAUUUUGGCGCGGCGGUAUUCUGGGAUGAGGCCACCGGCCUGCGCGUAACCACCCAAAUACAGUUUACCAAGGCCCAAUUUGCCACAUUUGUGACCCAAAGCAUGCACCUUGGCAUUGCCGUGGGUGUGGCAGGGUUUGCGCUGAACCUCCUCUUCACAACUUGGUCAACACUGCGCAGAAGUAGCCCCUUGGCGGGUUAUCGCGGUUGGGAGUAUGCGCAGGCUGCUGAAUCCUGGACGCGGGAACUCAGCGUGGUCAAUAGCUACGGCCUCUUUCGUCGCAUGACUGGCGUCGGCGGCCGACCAGAGCUGACCGUCGAGGGUAGCGUCGAUGGCCGGCAUUGGGAAGAGCUACUGUUCCGGUACAAGCCCAAUCGCCCUCAGGACACGUUGCCAUUUCUUGCACCCCAUCAGCCACGCGUGGACUGGCAAAUGUGGUUUGCAGCGCUCGGCUCGAUCCGCCAAAAUGUGUGGCUCCAAUCUUUGGCAGUUCGUCUUCUUGAAGGACGCCCGGAUGUGUAUGGCCUGCUUGCCCAGUCUCAAGCAUCAGAACUGUGGGCGGAUCCCUCGCAUCCGCCCCUCUACGUACGCAUUCGAGCGUGGACCUACUCUUACACAUCAACGGACCAGGGCAACGCAUGGUGGAAACGAGAGCUACAAGAAGGCAUGUACUUGGAGCCAGUGAACUUGCAAACGCAUGACUCGGCGAUCCGGGGUCUCAUGAAUUCGCUCGGAGCAGAUUUACCGGUACAUUGCAACAAUCGAUAUCUGUGCCGAUUCCUGAAGUGGCUGCAAGGCUUUCUCGUUUCUAUCGGGUUCCAAGGCCUGUGGAUUCCUGCGUGGUAUGUCGUUUGUGUCCUGGCCUUCCGCAGGCUAACGUGA